AUGAGCAGUCAGGGAAAGAUCUUUAAAUUCGACAAAGAACGUCCAAUUCCAUUGCUAGAAGAUAUCUAUGAAAUGUUCCAAGAUAAAGACUAUCUAAUUUAUACUGAAAUUAAAUCAACUAGACGAGAUGCGAAUCGUAAACAAAACGCAGAGGCUGUUGCUAAAGCAGUAGUUGACAUGAUCGCCAAGUAUAAUAUGGAAAAGAAAGUUUUUGUCAACUCAUUUGAUGCUUUUACAACCGCAGCCGUUAAAAAAUUAAACCCUAAUCUUGUUGUUGGUACAUUCUUUUACCUUGGUGAAUUUGAUCAAGAUUAUGACGCAAAAAAAGAAUAUGGUGGCUUACCUGAUUUAUCCAAAUGUCUACGAGUUCUGCCCAACGGGCCUAAUUUUACCGAGUAUUUACUCAUGACAGGCGCUGUCUUGAAAACCUAUCAAGGAGCUUUCUUCGAUAUCGAUUAUAAUAUGUAUAGUCGAUUGAUGAAAGAAAGCAGUCUACAAGGGCUGGAAAAAUAUUACGGCAAUAAAGUUAGCGCAGGUGCUUGGACCAUUUACAAAAUGACACUAUCAGAAAAGGAACUGAAAGCUAGUGAUACCCUAAUUAACCAAAUGAUUGGUUGGGGAUUACAAAGAUUAAUCACAGAUGAUACCGACCGAGUCGCUAAAUUACUCGGAAGAUACGAUUCAGGAAGUGGACGCUCAGCUCAAUUCCUUUCAGCGACAAUCCUGUUAUUCAUAGCCGGAUUGGUGCGAUUGUUAAUCUCUUAA